UGCGCUCUAAACAUAUUAAUAUGAAACGAAUUAUUUUAUAUCAUUAUACUCGAAGUAAUAUUAUAAAAAAAAAAAAUGAAAUCAUGUCACCUCUACAUACAGUUUUAAUUUUGCUUAGACUUAAACCAAGCAUUAAAAUUUAACGCUUACCCUAAACAAGCGGGAAAUAAUGUUAAGUUUGAAUAAAAGUCAGUCAAAGUACAAAGGGUUUUUUUAACCAACCGCAGUUAAGAAGCUAUUUGUGACUCAUGACGUAGACAAAUAAGUGUAACAUUUUUUUAAUCACUUUGUCUUUCUUACGUUUUUAUUCCUAAAGUUUAAUUUCAGUUUUACUAAUGUCUGAGACUAGCAAAUCAGAUAAUAUUGAUCUUGAAAACUGGAUGAGAGAUCUCCCAGAACAGUUAAGAAAUGUCCCUAUAAUAUAUCUUGCAAUUCCAGGAAGUCAUGAUUCCAUGACAUAUGGCAUAACUAGGUCAAGUGGUUUGGCCCCAGAUGCUGAACCCAUACUAGAGAGUCUGUAUCCUAUAUUUGAAGAUACAAUAUUAAGAUGGACAAUAACUCAGGCAGUAGAUUCUUAUCAACAAUUGCUCCUUGGCAUCAGAUAUUUCGACUUAAGGCUUGCCACGAAGACAGGGUCAGAUGACUUCUUCUUUUGUCAUGGUGUUUAUGCGGGAGAAAUAUCGCAGCCAUUGAAUCAAAUAAAGGAAUACAUAAACAAACAUCCAUAUGAGGUGGUCAUACUAGAUUUCCAGCACUUCUAUGCAUUCACACCAGAUGACCAUCGAAGGCUCAUGAGAUAUGUUCUCAACAUGUUCGGACCACAACUAGUGCCACGGCAAGCCGACUUGAACACUGUCACCUUGAAUGCCAUGCAUAGAUUACAACAACAGGUGAUAGUUGUAUACCGUGAUCGUUCAGUGUAUGCUACGGGCGAGUUCUGGCAGCCGCAGAUGCUGCCCUCGCCGUGGCCGCAGAGGGACGACAUCAACGGUCUUUAUAACUUCAUGAAGCAAGUCAGGAGACAUCCCGGGAUGGGGUUCGUUCAUCAGGCCGUACUCACACCUACACCUGCAUUUCUACUGUUCAGAUGGCUUUCAAACCUACGAGAGAAAUGCGCCAAGCCGGUCAAGAAUGAGAUUUAUCCGAAAUUAUCAGAAUUCACUCCUGGAAGACCCGUAGCUGGUGAAGAUAAAGCUCCCGUGAAUGUCAUUAUAGCGGACUUCAUAGAGAUGGACAACGCGACUUUCUCCAAAACCGUCAUAAAACUUAAUUUAAAACUAUUAAAAACCGACAUAUCGCAUAGCUACGGGUAAUCGUUUAAAAAAAUUAAGCUUUAACUAGUACUUAAGUGUUUUUCAUCCCAUGACGUAAUGUACCUGCAUUUUUAUUUUUUUACACGGCUAUUUUGUAUUCUUAUUAAAGCUUUAAAUGGAUGUUGUAUUAUUAUAGUGCCUUAAAAUAAAAUAUUAUUUUAUA